AUGGCCAGCUCUGCCAUGGCUGCCCCUACCAUUGUCGGUGGAGUAGGUAGCAAUGUCCCAGGAGGAGCCGGCCCUGUUAGAACUGUCAACAACGUCGCUCCAGGAAUUGCUAGCCGUGAUAUUGUUGGUCAAACCGCUGGCCAGACUGUUGGUGUUGCCGGCGGCGCUGUGCAUGGAGCCGCCGGUGGUACUGUCGAUGGUGCCACCAACGGAGCUGUCAAGCGUGAUAUCGUUGGCCAAACCACUGGUGGAACUGUUGUCGUUGCCGGCCAGGCUGCCCACGCAGUUGCUGGCGGCACUGUCAACGGUGCUACCAACGGAGUUGUCAAGCGUGACUUUAUUAAGGGAGAGACCGGGGACAUCAAUGUUGCCAACGAAGUUACCCAGGGCACCGUCGGCGAUAUUUCUGGUGGGGUUUUCUCCCGUGAUAUUGUCGGUGGAGCAACCGACGGGACCGUCGACGUUGCCAGCGGCGCUGUCCAGGGUGCCGCCGGCCAGACUGUCGGCGGUGUUACGAACUCUGUCAGACGCCAGCUACCUAAUGUGAACGGAGUCACUGGUGUUGUUGGCACUGCAACUGGUCUCGUGGGUAAUGUCGUUGGCGGAGGUGCUCUCGGUGGAGUCGUUAAGCGUGUGGAGGGUGUUAGUGGUAUUGUCGGUACUAUCUCUGAAAACACCCUUGGAAGAGCUGGUAGCAUCGUUGGUGCCAACACCGGCGGUGAGGCUUUGAAGACUGGCUCCAGCGCAACUGGCCAGGCCAUGAACGUCGUUGGAAACAUGGUCACACCUCAGAAGCGUCAACUUCCAGCUGUCGGAGGUGUUACUGGCACUGCUGGUCAACUUGUUGGCUCCGUUACCGGCAAUGGUGUCGGCAACGUUGCUGGUGGUGUUCUCGGCAACUGA